GCAUGCACGCAGUGAGGUGCGCGUAAGAAGAAGAUGCCAGCCAGGCGUGGCCAGAGUGAGGAGAAUGCGAGUGGAGGAUGUAUAUAAUCCACGCUUUUCUUCCAUUAGCGCACUCAUCACAGGACUUGCUUUUGUCAUCUUCUUCUCCUCGCUUUGCAACCUUUUUUUUUUCUCCCCGAUGCUGUCGCUGAACCUGACAGCCGCGCACGCCAUGGCGGAGGUGGGGACUUUCGGAGGAGCGCUCGACUUGGAUUUACAGACUUUCCCUGCCUUCGGGAAUGUGGCCCUGCAGCCAGAGACCACCACUCCGCCGGGCUUGAGCGAGCGCCUGGGCCAGAUCGAAGGCAGGCUCCAGCGGGGGUCGCCCACAGACUUUGGCCACCUCAAAGGCAUCCUGAGGCGGCGGCAGCUGUACUGCAGGACCGGCUUCCAGCUGGAGAUAUUCCCCAAUGGGACGGUGCACGGGACCAGGCAGGACCACAGCAGGUUUGGAAUCCUGGAGUUCAUCAGCCUGGCAGUCGGUCUGGUCAGCAUCAGAGGCGUGGAUGUCGGACUCUACCUCGGCAUGAACGAGAAAGGAGAGCUCUAUGGGUCGAGGAAGCUGACUGCAGAGUGCGUGUUCCGGGAGCAGUUUGAGGAGAACUGGUACAACACGUACGCUUCCACCUUGUACAAGCACAACGACACGGGGCGCUUGUACUACGUGGCCUUGAACAAAGACGGCUCGCCCAGGGAGGGCAACAGGACUAAAAAGCACCAAAAACUGACCCACUUCUUACCCCGGCCGGUGGAGAUCGAGAAGAUCCCGCAGGCGUACAGGGACCUCUUCCAGUACAGGUGACCAGAGCUCGGAUUUACAAGAAGAGACGACCCGCAGGGGGGAUGUUUGCUACAAAACUGUUUACCGUCAACGCUCCCCCUUCCACUGAGGUCACCGCCUGGGCUCGCUACCAAGCACUGAUGUAAACAUGUCUUGCAUCUGCAGCGAACUAAACCACUGAGGACGCUGGAAUCUGGUGCCACGUCUUCCUGAAACAACCACUUUUGGGUUUCCCCCCCACCCCUCCUCCAAGCACUAAACGGCGGACGGUUGCCUUUUUUGAGACCACUAAAGACACCGAAGGGUUCCAUACGUGACGGAAAGAAGCACUACACACAGUUAACGGAGGAGGAGGCACAUUCCCACAUGGACGUAAAAGGGAGGGAGCGGCAUUCCUGUGACUGUCUGAGAUAGUCAGGUACUGAAGAUUGUCUGGAAAUGUCCUUACAUGUAAAAAAAAAAAAAAAAAAAAAAAUGAUGAAUGUGGGUUUGAUUUGAGAGCACUUAACUGCACAACCCAGCUUCCUAGAAAUCACAUUCAUGGCUUUUAAAAUGAGAUUUUAAGAGGCAGCGAAUGCAAAAAAGCACUUCUCCAACCGUGGUUGUACAGAAGACGUGCUGGACGUGUGAUGUUCGGAGCGUGGGGAACAUUAUUAGAGGCGAAGACAGCACGCAGCUGAGUGGGUGAUCCUAUUUAUGAGAUGUACAAUAUAUUUAUUUUCUACAUAUAAAGUAUAAAUAGAAAUCUAUAUAUUUAUUUAUUGCAAAGACUUUAUUUUGUAAGGAACUUGAAAUUAUACGGGGCCGUAGAUUCUACUGAAAUUACACCAUCUUGGUUUUUUGGGGUCUUUUUUUUUUUUUUUAUAAAAACAAAAAAUGAAGAAGAGCAAUUAACAGACAAAUAAAAUGGUCCUGUUAUGUGGCGAUGUGUAGUGAGACUAUUUGUGC